ACGAGGAAGGUAUAAGCCUUUGAGAUACUUUUGCUCUAGUAUUGUGACCAAUAGUACUGUUUACUCGCGCGAGAGAACAAAUCAAUCAAGAGGCCGCCCCACAUGUCCCGAUAAUAUCACCGUCGGUAUCGGUAUAAGUAAGUCAAUAAAGACAGGUAUGCUAUGUCACUUCGAUCGGACGGCUACGGCUGAUGCUGUAUUUGUUAUAGAAGUUGUAGGUGUUGAAUGAGACUAAUGUUCUUUGCCGUCAGUAGAUGAGAUCUACGUGGACAGAUCAGUAACACAAGUGUGAUCGGCUAUCGUAUAAGACGUUAACUUUAAAAAAUAAUAGAAUUAGUCCUUCAAGUAUAUUAUUAUGAAUUCGGAAGUGCAACGUGUUGAAAAAAGUUUUAAUUCAGAUGGUCCUUCGGAGGACGAACGUGGUGAGGACAAUCGGGUUAUAUUGGAAAUCGGCGUCAAUACUCCCUACUCGUCUGCAUCGCUUGCAGCUAUCGCACAGCCUAUACCGGGACCAUAUCCACCGGAUAUUCACUAUGCACCGAGUAGCGCUUAUCAUUCAUCCUAUCCAUACCUGCAAUCACAUCCUUGUGCAAUGAGCAUUCCACAAACUGUGUGUAAUUGGUCGAUACCAGAAGUGGUGAGACCACCUCUUUAUACACAUUAUCCAAGUUUGCGGGAGCACACAAUUGUUAAGGAAGAGAAUCCUUCAUGGAGGGAGAGAGCUUUGCAAUUGGAGAAAGGUGAGGAAGACUACAAAAAAACAGCAUGUGAUCGUGAGCGCACCAGAAUGCGGGAUAUGAAUAGAGCUUUUGACUUAUUGCGACUUAAACUACCUAUAUCAAAACCAAGUGGAAAGAAAUAUUCUAAAAUAGAAACAUUAAGAAUUGCUAUAGGAUACAUUCGUCAUCUUCAAGAAUAUUUGAAAAAUCCACCUGAGAAAAUAUCAUCAUCACCUGGGAAUUUAACAAUAACUGGAUUUAGAUACACUGAACCCAUUGCAACAUGUUCGUAUGAAUCCCAAGAAUCUGCAAGACCAUGGCAAGGAAACUCUUCGGCAUAUGAAGUAGAUAAUUCACCAGGAUAUAAUCUAGAAAAAUCAUGGGAUUAGAUCAAGAUGCACACAAAUAUAUUGCAAAACAGAAAAAUCUGAAGAAUAGAUGUAAAAAUAAAAAAAAAAAUAAGAGUUACCACUCUUCGAAAAA